AUGAUCACAAAGUCAAACUAUAACCUUCCACCAGGACCUUCCCCUCUUCCCAUCAUAGAGAACCUCCUUGAAUUAGGACACAAACCACACAAAUCAUUGGCAAAACUUGUUGAGAUUCAUGGCCCAAUAAUGAGUCUCAAGUUUGGCCAAAUAACCACUAUUAUUGUAUCCUCAACAGACAUGGAAAAAGAGGUCUACACCGUCCAAACUGCUGCAUACGAUUGGGUUGUUCUGUUUGGGGGAAUUGCUGUUACAAUCUUGUCAUACCUUGCAAUAGCAGUUACAAGAACUUUGGUUGCCAAAGCAACAAAGAGAAAUUGA